CCGUGUCGAAGUAACAGUUGCAAAAUGGACCAAGAUACUGCGAAGAAGUUACUCGUCGAAGGAGGGACGUUUGUGUUUCUUGGUGUGCCUCAGGAGACACAGUUUGGUAUUGAUAUGCAAUGCUGGAACACCGAAGAAGAUUUUCGCGGCAUAAAAAUGAUACCGCCCGGUUUGCAUUACAUACACUAUUCUGCCGUCAGCAAAGGGACUGGCGACGUCUCACCAAGAUCAGGUUUCAUGCACUACUUUCAAAAGAAAGAAUUUCUGGUGAAAAUGUGGGACAAAAAGACCGAAGACAUGAGUAAAGAAGAAAUAAGUGAUGAGAGUAUCCAACGCCUCAAAGAUAAUCUCUUAAACUUAGACAGGCACUUGGCUCCAUAUCCUUACGAAAUUUGGCAGAAAUGGAAACUUCUUUGUUCUCAAAUUACAGCUGAACUAGCAACAAAGCUGUCACCAGAAAAUGGUAUGAUCAGAGCCUCAGUGGAGCUUAUGUCCACCACAGAUCAAGACAGGCCCCGGGGCGUGAAGUCUGCUCAAGCAUCAACUGACAGUCAAGAGGGCGGAACCCCAACAAACGAAGCUGGGGACACUAGAGAAGAUUGUAUACCAGGCCAAUCUGACGCUAAGAGAGCGAGGAAAAUCACACAGGAGGAAAAAGAAGAUGCCAUGUUGCCAGAUUUGAAACCUAUGCCUGGCACCGCAAUGAGAUUCACAGAAAUACCAAAAGACAAGUACCCUCCAGGUUCGACGCCAGAAGAAAUCACGAAACAUUAUUUGGACCAGUCAUACUGUUUGGAGCUUAUGAUUGCACAACAUGAGGAGCCCCUACACAUUAUCGGAGAACUACAGUUUGCGUUUCUAUGCUUCCUUAUUGGACAUUCCCUGGAGGCUUUCGAGCAUUGGAAGAACCUUGUCAUCCUCAUUUGCUCGUGCGAUGACGCGAUUCACAAAUACCGAACAGUCUUCUUCCACUUCAUACGCACUCUCGAGAUCCAGAUUGAGGAAAUGCCAGAAGACUUCUUGGCUGACAUUGUGAUGAACAAGAAUUUAGUAUAUAAGAAGCUACGCGAGUUCUUCCGAACAGCUUAUGUGAGCAAAGUCGAUGGCAGACUGUUGACCAUGAUUGACAGAUUCAAGGAGAAUCUCACAGAUAAACUCCAGUGGGAUUUCACAGGUCUGGAUGCAGAUGAAGAAGAUGAAAGGCCAGUGGUAGUCAAUCUUAGCCAAGACGACGUGUUAGCAGCCUGAGGGUAAAAAUUACUCACAGAUGAUAUUCCCUUAUGUAUAUUGUGUACUGUGUACAUCCUAGAUUUGUGACCCUAAUUUUAAUAAAUAAGUACAGUUUUAUUGUAGGAUUUACUUUAAUUGUAAUACCUUUUACAUAUCAGUGUCAUUGAUGUAAAUGUGUUUAAUAGAUAAUUGAAAGUAGCGAGUUUUUACUUUUUGUCUAUAUUUCGUCUCGCAAUCGCGAUGUUUCAAUUUCAAUGUGACUUGAGAAUCUAAUAAAAUGUAC